AUGGCUGACAACCAGUCCGCCAUUGCGCUUUCUCGCAAUCCCGAGUUCCACAAACGGACGAAGCAUUUCAAUGUGAAAUUUCACUAUCAGCGAGCGGUGCUGGAUGCAGGCGAGAUUCAGCUUCAAUAUAUUCCAACUGGGGAACAGGCCGCGGACGGUCUCACCAAACCAUUGGGACCUAUGGCCUUUGCCAAGUUUUGUAGUCUCUUAGGCGAGCGCGCAGAUAGCUUCAACUCCAGACGGAACCCUGCACGCGACCGAUCACCAACCAUCCAACCAAAUGCCCCAGCAGCACGAGCUACUUCGGUGGAUCCAUCAAAUCCCCAAACCCUACGAACCGAUGUUGCGAAACCACACGUCGAACGAAUCGACCAGAGAAAGGAAGAAGCCAGAUUCGCAACGCUCGAUACAGCCGCGGAGGUUAUAACCAGUAAAGAGGAAGCUACAGAUCCGGAAACAACCGUGAGCUCGCUCCAUUUCGUGGAUCAGGACCGCGAGGAGACUACCGGGGAAGUCGACGAUUCACUUAACUGUGUACACAGGACCUAG